UUUUUACAGUGCUCGAUUGUGCGAUGCGAUGCUCUAGUUGMAACAUUCAACGUUGAGCAUUAUGCCGCAUAAUGCGCUUUAGUGCUGUAAUUGGAAAACGGGGAUAGAUUCGUGUAGCUUUCUCACGGAAUUAGGCAAAACGUGUCUUUUUUGUGGAAACUACCACCAUGGCACGUGGUCCUAAAAAACACUUGAAGCGUCUCAAUGCACCCAAAGCAUGGAUGUUAGACAAGUUGGGAGGUGUUUAUGCACCGCGUCCAUCCACCGGACCACACAAGCUCAGGGAAUCUCUCCCUUUAGUUAUAUUUCUUCGUAACAGAUUAAAAUAUGCAUUGACCAACUGCGAAGUUACGAAGAUUGUAAUGCAACGACUUAUUAAAGUCGAUGGCAAAGUACGGACUGAUCCGAAUUAUCCAGCAGGUUUCAUGGAUGUUAUAACCAUCGAAAAGACUGGCGAAUUCUUCCGUUUAAUUUAUGAUGUAAAAGGUCGUUUCACCAUUCAUCGUAUCACAGCUGAAGAAGCCAAGUACAAGUUAUGCAAAGUAAAGCGAGUUCAAACCGGUCCCAAGGGAAUUCCAUUCCUUGUGACACAUGAUGGAAGAACUAUUCGUUAUCCUGAUCCACUUAUUAAGGUUAACGACACUAUCCAAUUGGAUAUUGCGACUGGAAAGAUCUUAGAUUCUAUACGUUUCGAUUCUGGAAACGUGUGUAUGAUCACUGGAGGAAGAAAUUUGGGUCGUGUGGGAACAGUCGUCAGUCGCGAACGGCAUCCUGGAUCUUUUGAUAUUUGCCAUAUGAAAGACUCUCAAGGGCACAUUUUUACCACCAGGUUGAACAACGUAUUUAUCAUCGGCAAAGGUCUGAAGGCAUAUAUUAGCUUGCCAAGGGACAAAGGUGUCAAGCUGUCAAUUGCGGAAGAAAGAGACAAGAGGUUAGCUGCAAAGGGAGUUAAUUAAUGUAUAUUUUUAAUAAAGAGUAGCUAGCAGUCAAAGGGUUAA